UCAUUCAAUAAUUUACUUUAGAUUAACAAGGCCAUGGUUGAGAUUUGAUUGGAUAUUCUCAUUAUCGCCAAAAGGUAGAGAGCAAAUGAAAAUUUUGAAGACAUUACAUGGAUUUACUGAAGAAAUUAUUGCCAAAAGAAAACUUUAUCAUGAACGCACUAAUGAUAAAUACUUGAAAAACAUUGGAAAUGAUAUAUCAGCAGAAGAAAAUGACGCAGAAAUGUUUAGAUCACAAAGAAAGCGUCUUGCAAUGUUAGAUCUUCUAAUAGCGGCAUCUCGUGAAGGUCUUAUGACUGAUUUAGAUAUUAGAGAAGAAGUCGAUACUUUUAUGUUUGAGGGUCAUGAUACUACAGCGAUGGGUCUAUGCUUCCUUUUGGCACUAUUAGCUGAGCAUAAGGAUAUUCAGGAUCGAGUCAGAGACGAAGUUAAUAUUGCUAUGCAAGAGAAUGGGGAAAAAUUUACUAUGAAAUUAUUGCAACAGCUACCAUAUUUAGACAGAUGUAUAAAGGAAACGUUGCGCCUGUAUCCCAGCGUAUUUCUUAUAUCACGCAUUUCUGGGGAAGACGUCAAAUUACAGCCAUAUGUAGUACCUGCUGGAACAAUUAUACAACUUCAUAUUUACGCCGUUCAUAGAGAUCCCAAUUUUUGGCCAAAUCCAGAGGUAUUUGAUCCAGAUAGAUUUUUGCCCGAAAAUAUUCGAAAUCGUCAUCCUUACUCGUAUUUACCAUUCAGUGCUGGACCACGUAACUGCAUUGGGCAACGAUUUGCUAUGUUGGAAAUGAAGGCGAUGAUAGCUCCUCUGGUACAAAAUUUCUAUUUGGAGCCCGUUGACUAUUUAAAGGAUCUUCGGUUGCAAGCUGAUUUCAUACUUCGUCCUGCUCAUCCACUUCGUUUAAGAUUUGUCCCUGUCUGUAGAUUUAAUGCAAACAGUUGAAUCAAAUACGGAUUUUAUGAUUGUCAUAGAAAG